AUGUCCAAUUUCCAGUGUCCUUCAUGCGGUAAAGCCGGUUUCAGAGAUCAGGUUGCUGUUGCUCGUCACAUGAGCCAGCCUCGCUCAGGAUGUAGCACCUGGCUACAGGAUUUAAUACGUCUGUGGGACCUAUCUGACGAUUCUAUGAAUACAGAUGACUUGGACGAACCGAAUAUUCCCGGUGGUGGGUCUCAGGCUGAGGUUGAGUUCACAUUCAGAGAUAGAGACGAGUCAUUUGAAGGUAGCGGUGAGAGUGGUGGCCAGGCCUCUGAGGAGGGAUUACUUCUGAAUGGUGCCUCAGAUUUCGUCGACCGGUAUCCCGAAUCUUCUCGGACGUAUGGCAUGGGGUACACCUUCCUCGACUUAUUCAAUUCUGAUGAGAAUAGCGUGUACCGUGCCAAGAAUCCCUAUUACCCAUUCAGUGGCCGGAAGGAUUGGGAGAUUGCAUCGUGGUUACUGCGCUCAGGAUUGAGCAUGGGGAAGAUAGACAGUUUUUUAUCACUCGACAUAAUCAAGGGUCUUCCAAUAUCUUUUUCCUCAGCCAAGGAACUGCGAGGCAGAGCAGAAAUGUUGCCCAGUGGUCCACGCUGGAUGUCCCAAGUGCUCUCUACGAGUCAUCCCACCAAAUCACCCAUCAUUUUGUACUGGCGUGAUCCCUUGGACUACUUCACGCCUCACAGGGUCUAUACUACUGCACAACGCUUGUGUCGUGUAUAUUCAGAAUGGAUGACAGGCGAUGACGCAUGGAAUAUGCAGUCUGCCCUACCCAAAGGUGCAACACUCCUUGGAACCAUUCUAUCAUCUGACAAAACGAAUAUAUCCACAAUGAUGGGCGACAGAGUUGCGCACCCGCUUCUCGUCAGCCUUGCGAAUAUCAACAUGUCCACACGACUCAAGACAUUGUCCAACUCCUUUGUACUCACCGCCUUGCUCCCCGUACCUAAAUUUAUACAUAAGAAUAAACGCAUGCGAGGUGUACUCGAGGAUCGCUUAAUUCAUGAAUGUUUAGAUAUCGUCCUGCGUCUGCUCAAGCAGGCUGCAUGUGAAGGAGUCAUGUUAUCAGACCCUGUUGGACAUAGCCGCUAUUGUUUUACCCCCCUGCUGGCUGUCGUUCAAACAAGGGCGGAUCCCAAUGACAUUGAAGCCUUCUUUCGCGAAGCGCAGAAAUUUCGCCUGAACGGUGUCUCUAAACCUUUCUGGCAGGACUGGACCCUUGGUGAACCGUCUCAUUUCCUCACUCCAGAAUUUCUGCAUCUCAUUCACCGAGAAUUCUACGAUCACGACGUCAAGUGGAUGAUUUGUGCAGUCAGGGAUAUGGAAAUUGAUUUCUGGUUUUCUGUGUUGCAGCCCGUCACUGGCUUUCGUCAUUUUUAUGGUGGUAUCUCCAAGCUAAAACAGGUUACAGGUCGAACUCAAUGUGACAUUCAGCGUUCGAUUGUUGCAGUCAGUGCGGAUGCAGCACCUAGUGCUGUGAUCACUGCUGUCCGAGCAUUGAUGGAAUUUCGGUAUCUCAUCCAGUCACCACGUAUUGAUGAAGACGACAUCAAGCGCAUUUCUGGAGCCCUCGAUGAAUUUCAUGCCAAUAAACACGCUAUCACAGCUGGAGGAUUUCGUCGAGGCAACAAGAACAAAGUUAUUGAUAACUGGUACAUUCCCAAAUUGGAGCUCAUGCAGAGCAUAGUUCCCAGCAUCCGCAACACUGGUGUCGCCAUGCAAUGGACUGCAGACACAACAGAGCAUGCACACAUUACAGAGAUUAAAGACCCCGCACGAUCAAGCAACAACAACAACUAUGAUCCUCAAAUUUGUCAACAUCUUGACCGGGUUGAUAAGUGCCGUCGCUUUGACCUUGCAAUGAGUCUUGUGGAUGGUAUGGCAAGCUCGAGGCUACAGGAUGACAAUAUUGGUGAUGAUGUUGACUUUGAUGCGGAUGAUGAUGAUGACCUCCCCACGGAAUUUACGGCCACUAUAAAAUGUCCUGGACAUUCGCGCCCAAUCACCAAUUACUUUGCGAUUGCGAAGAUCCUCCAGCAUAAGGAGGUUGGGACUGUCCCUCUGCCAUUGCGCACAUUUGUCAUCGGACGCACGGCCUAUCAUCUCACGUAUUCCCCAUCCAUCAGAUCCAUCUCCAUCAAUGAUGCUGCUAUCAAAUUCGGCCUUCCUGACUUACGGCUGGCCAUUGCUGAUUUUCUUCGUCAUGAAGCUACCCAUGGACAGAAUUAUGUCCACACAAUUGGGGGAGCCAGGAGGGCUGGACCUACUGCUUCCCUGCCAUUUGAUAAAAUUCAAAUCUGGUUCAAACUUCACCUACAGGACACAGAGUUUCACGACAGUAGCAUCAUACGGCCCGCGCAGACCCUGAAUUGUGUGCUGCCUUCUGAUGUCUGGAACUCUGGUAGGUACGACUCAGCUAUUGUGAACAAUGAGUUAGGGUGCCUUUGGCCUGCUCAUGGUCUUCGUGGUAUGUUACAACCUUCUAUCAUGCUGAAUACAUUCUCACUAUUAUCUUUCAGGUCACACAAUUGGUCAAAUUAG